AUGUCGACGUCCGCACUGGUCGCUAAAUCCGAUCUCCUGAAACAACUGCCAUCGUGUUCCUACUCGGUUCCCGCGCCAUCCACCGAUUUGGACGUCUUCUCAUGGUCCAGAAUAUUCGAGAACGUCGCCGCAAGUGUUCCUUUGAAGCAGGCGCUUGAGUUUAAGACCCUGCAUAGCGAAGCCUACUACGCGGUGAAUCGAGCGUUUCGAAGAGUGAAAAAGCUGAAAAUUGAAAUCCUGAGCACCGACGAAACGCUCUACAUCAUCCAAGACUCGUGUACAAAGAAUCCUAAUGUCGCCGUGGAAAUGGUCCGUUUCGUGCUGUCAAAAGCGAGAAAAGUCAGCGAACUAGAGCUCUACUUUGAGGAUUUGGACCUUAAAGUGCUGAAUAGGAUAUUGGACGAAGUCGUCGAGUCGGAAAACGUCGAGCUGGAAUCGCUGCGUGUCAAACGGAGGAAUGCUGGACAGUCGGUGACGAAGAUUGGAGAUGUGAUACGUGCCAACUCGACGACGUUGAGAGAAAUCACUCGCGUUGGGAUUUCGGAAGCGUCGCAUGGGUUUGACGAUAGAAUUCGGUUGGAGAGGUUUGGAUGCAUGUCGUUUGAUAUUGGGAUUCAGGCGGCGCCACAUCAAGUGCCAAUUCAUAUGAUUAGAAUCACCGAAUCCGGCGCCAAGUUCUCCAACUUCUCCUACACCAGCUUCUCUGGCUUCGAUCCUUCCGAACCAAUCGUUCAGAACAUGUUGGACAGUGCCGAGGUGACAACACUCAAGUUGACGAUGAUGAACGCGCCAGUGAUCGCUUCGAGACCCGGUUAUAUGGUAGGCAAGGUUCGUCGUGUGAAACGCGUGGAACUUGUCGAAAUCGUCGCUGAACCGCAGAGAAUCAACAAGCUCGUCGCGUGCCGUCACGUCUUCGAAAAAGUGUUCCCCAACUGUCAUGACCUGCUUUUCCUUCAGCAAUGGGAUUGA